AUGACAACGCUGCCAUUGAGGAGGGUAACUGUCUACCAGGAAGGCAUCGGCGCUAGCAUUGUGCAAGAGUCAGAAGCUUGGGUUGGACCCCCCUUGUCCAUGGCGGUGCAGCUACGCGCGUCUCCAGCGGAACGGACCGUGGCGAAUCGUGGAGUUGUCCGAUCCCGCAGAGCACACAUGCGACCGCCGCAUGCGGGCCCGGUGGUGGCCGGGCUGAAGGUAGGCAUCACGGCGCAGCGAUUCGGCGACUGGUGCGAGUCUUUCCGCUACAUUCCGGCGGUGCAAGAGCGCAUUCGGCGGAUCGACAGCGGAGCAACCGUGGAGCUUCUGACGUACAACCACGAAUUUCUCCGCUUCUUCAUGGCGCCGAGUGCAACACGCGAAGCGCUGAAGACCUGCAGGCCUGUCAUCGCAAUGGACGGGACGUUCCUGAUCCGUGCUCAGAAGGCUACCCUGCUGUACGCCAACGCGAUGGACGGCAAUCAGCAGAUCAUCCCCAUCGCGUGGGCCCUCGUAGAGAGCGAAACCAAGGACACAUGGACGUGGUUUUGCCGUCUCUUUGACAAGCACUGCUCCGGCUGGAAGGGACGGGACGACGCGGCCAUCAUCAGUGACCGGGACAAAGGUCUCAUCCCGGCGGUGAAGGAAGUGUUCCCUGAGACUCCGCACUACUUUUUUGGGUGGCACAUGCAGCAGAACGUGAAGCGGUUCGGGAAGACCUCCUCGGACAUGUUGUGGCGGCUUUUGACAGCCCGGACAUUGGAGAAGUACAACGAGCUCAAGGUCGGUGCACGGGAAUCCCAUCCCCUGCUCACGACUUACCUCUACGGUCCGGCGCCUGUGGCCGACGCGGUCGGUCCAAACCCCACUCCACCAGCUGGUUUCCGUAUUCGCCGACGCAACGUGCAGCAAACACGCCGGACGCGUGCGACCGCCAACAACAUUGCGGCCGAUGCGGCUGAAGCACGGCGUCCGCCCCGGCCGUCCACAGCACCGUCGCCCGCUGCUGCGACCCGCCCCGCCGCUGCACAUGCAUCAUCCGCCACGCCAGGCCCGUCUGCAACGCCAGGGCCGUCCGCAGCACCCCGCCCUUCCACAGCACCGUCGCCCGCUGCUGCGACCCGCCCAGCCGCGGCACAUGCAUCAUCCGCCACGCCAGGCCCGUCUGCAACGCCAGGGCCGUCCGCAGCGCCCCGCCCUUCCACAGCACCGUCGCCCGCUUCAGCGACACGCACAUCCGAGGCACAUGCAUCGUCCGAGUCGGCAAGCCCAUCGGCAGCACCAGGGCCGUCCGCAGCGCCACCCCCAUACGCAGCACCGUCCCGCGCUUCUGCGACCCACCCUUCAGCUGCACCAGCAUCUUCCGCAUCGCCAUGUGGACCCGCAGACCCGAUGCCCACCGCAACCCCUCGCCCGGCCACUACUGAAGGACCAUCCACAACGCCGUCACCAACCACUCCGUACGACCCAUCUGAUGCAACAGCCCAUCUUGCCGGAACAACCACACCUUCUUCUUCCCAGCCGGCGCCACCUACACUGCGACGUUCUACACCGAUCGUGGUGCCGAGCGGAUGGCGAGGAACAGCUGCGUGCUUCAACUUUGACAACAUUGUUCUGAGAGCUGCGGUCCCGGGAGUCACCGCACCAACUGAGGCACCAACCCGAGAGCCACCUCCGACCGCGGCACCCGCCCGCCAGCCACCACCGACCGCGGCAGCAACACGUGACACUCCUCCUACAACUGUGGACCCGGGACCCGCGGUUGGGAACACCAACGAGGCUAUUCCCAGCGUGGUAGAGGACGAGGCGAACGUCGUGGAAGAGGGCUCCUUGGAGGACGGUGAGGAUGGCGUCCGGGUCCGAACCGGCCUUCGCGGUGAUUACGCUGCACGCAGGAACAGAAUCUGGGUGUACGAGAAGCAAUGGGCUCGAUGUGCGGCCCCAACGCGGAGAUUCGGCAUCUACACGAGCAACAUGGCGGAGUCGACCAACGGGGCCGUAAAAUCCAUCCGCCUUCUUCCACCAGCGUAUCUGUUAGCUUCAAUGUGGGACUACAACGUCAAAAAGUUUCACGAGCUGCGUGAGGAGGCUAGAGCCCGGGACGACUACUUAACGGAGUGGGGGAGAAAACGAUAUGAGGCGAAGUGCGAGCGGGCAAAGAACUACGAGGUGAAAAUCUCCCACAUCGAGUUCCUUGCGGAGGUGAUAAACAACGGCAACGCGGAGGACACCACCCCCCGAAGCUACAACGUCGACCUACGUGACGAGGGUAGCUGUGAGUGCGGCAAUUGGAAAGAGUACGCUUUUCCAUGCGCACAUGCUAUGGCGUUUUUCCCCAUGGCGAACAAAAACGGGUGGGAGUAUGUCAGCGACUACUACACCACAGUCAACCUCCGCGUAACAUACUCCCACGCCAUUCCCGGUACCUGCAUCGACACCCUGAUGGCACAGACAACACCUGUGCCUCAGGGCGUGUGUGACGCACCUACAUUCACUCGUAUGGGUCCUGGCCGUCCCCCGUCCAACAGGCGCAGGGAUGCUCCGCCGGCGAACUAUCGCUGCCGCACCUGCUUGGGGCGUAACCACAACUCAGCGACAUGCACCCAGAAGUAUGGAUCCGACAGGGCUGCGGGAGGUGUGUACCACACGGUAGGUUGA